GUACCCCUACAAUUUGUGUCACUGUCUGGGCAGUGCUGAGACUUCACUUUGAUGAUACUGGCUGCUGGGACAUGAAUGACAACACUGCCUUGUGGUGGGUGAUCAAGGGUCCUGUGGUUGGAUCAAUCAUGAUAAACUUUGUGCUUUUUAUUGGCAUAAUUGUGAUACUUGUGCAGAAACUCCAGUCGCCUGAUAUUGGGGGCAAUGAAUCCAGCAUUUACUUGAGACUGGCUCGCUCUACACUGCUGCUUAUCCCCUUGUUUGGAAUUCACUACACAGUGUUUGCUUUUUCUCCUGAAAAUGUCAGUAAGAGGGAGAGACUAGUGUUUGAAUUGGGACUGGGAUCUUUCCAGGGUUUUGUUGUUGCUGUUCUUUAUUGUUUCUUGAAUGGGGAGGUGCAAUCAGAAAUAAAGAGAAAAUGGAGGAGCUGGAAAGUCAACCGGUAUUUUGCUGUGGAUUUCAAACAUCGUCAUCCUUCUCUAGCGAGCAGCGGAGUGAACGGGGGGACACAACUCUCCAUUCUGAGCAAGAGCAGCUCUCAGAUUCGGAUGUCCAGCAUAAAUGCGGAGAACUUAGCGACAUGA